UCCGACGCCACCUCUCGCCCUCCCACCUCCCCCCGCCGCAUAGCAGCGCGCGUCACCGAGCCCGCAACCACCGCACCAGUCUCCGGCUUCACCUCUCGCCCUCUGACCUUCCCCCGCCGCAUCGCGGCGCGCGUCCACGAGCCUGCAACCACCAAGCCAUCUAGCCGCGACCACCGCACCAUGCUCCGGCGAGACGCGUGCGACUGCUGUCGACGCACGCAUGGAGCUUCAUCGCCCAGACGCGGGUGCUGGAUCCCGUCGCCCUCCGGUCGGAUCCGCGGCGGUGCUAGUCUCCGGCGAGUUUGACGGUGGAUGCGGAGCGCGGUGCCUGGAUCUACAACGCCAGCAGCUCCGGCGCCGUGACCCGGCCUCACAGGCUGGGCCAAGGCAAAGACUGCUCCCCGACGGCCAAGACACGGCCACAGUGAUGCAGCCUGUGGUCUACAUCGCCUACCACUCCGCCGUCUUCCGGAACCCCCACCACUUUCACGGCAGAUCUCCAAGUGGCGCGGACGAGACGGCGAUGUCGGCAGGAGGGCACUUUGCAGCCCCUGGCAUGAGGAGGAUGGGUGCACAUAGCCACCAAGCCCUCUGCUCCUCUUCUUCCAAGGCGAGCGAUCAACGACGCAUUGCUCCAGCAGACAACUUGGAGAAUAUGCUUAUUGGACAGGCUGCUUCUUGGCAGUGCAAAGUAAGGAGAACAAGACACACAACCAAGCAAUCAAACAUUCACAUCGGCCAAGUGUUUGUCAAAUUGAUCAACAAAGCCAAUUUUGUUGUGCGGCAAAGUGCCCAUCAUGACUCAAAUCUUUCCCAAGCCUAGAUAUUCUUGCUGAGAGCUCCUUGAUGGAAUCACUAAGAUGGACUUACAAGACAGGCAUGGAUAAAACCAUGAGGUCCUCAAAUGCAUAGAUUGCUCUGGACUGCUGUUGUGAUGGCCGAAGGAAGAGCAAGGAGAGGGAGGAGGGAUGGCAGAGGAGAAUAACAUAUAUAGUUGUAAUAUCUCAGAGACCACACAAGUUCGAUGAAUGAUUUCAAUUCCAGUUUCUCCAUGGUUUUCCAAUGCCAAAGAACAAUAGGUUGCGGUGUGGAUCCAACUGGCAUACUUGGGGUAUUUGGGUAGUUCUCAACAUCAUAUGUCCCAACCAACUCAUCUGCAACCACUUCUGUACAUGAAACCACAAUUGGGAUCUAGCUUGACAUGUAUAGCAAGAUUUUUAGGUUAAUAUAUACCUGGAGGUACAGCCGUCGAUGUCAUAUUUUCUGCUGCUUUGCUUUGUGGAUUCCCCAUACGUACCUGUAAGCACAGACUUUAUAAUCUUAACUCCCAAAUGUGUACUAAAUUUAUGAAAUGCUUUUUGCCAAGUUUAUUAUUGUUUUCUUCCUGA